UGGUCUCGUUAUACUGACCUUUCGCUCGUGUGUUUCCACAGACAAAUGAAAGAUAAACUAAUUGUUAAGUUUUGGUGCAGUAAAAUCGACGUGUAAAAACUGAUACUUCGUGCUGCAAAUAUUGUUAUGCUUUUUGUUCAUUGCAAAAAUGGCUUCUGAAAAUAGUGUUGGUAUUGCUGAGCAAAUACGGAACGAGUUUGCCCGCCAAUUUGGCGAUAAAACGGAUAAUUAUAUUUGCGGCGAAUCAGAAAAAUUUCUGCAAAAUGACGGGCUUUUGUUGCGCUUUUACAACCACCAGGAGGAAAAAGUGAGCGAAGCUGUUCAAAUGCUGGACAGGUUUCUGAAAUGGCGGAAGUCGUUUGGAGUUGACUCUAUUUGUGAAAGUUCAAUUGCCACUGAAUUUCUGGAACGAGGAGUAAUGUACACCAAAGGUCUCACCAAACAGGGCAAUGAGAUUCUGUGGAUCCACUCUAGAAUGUGGCUGAGCAGAGGACGCGAUGUGAAACAAGGCACAGUGCUGCUCACUCUCAUUCUAGAGAGAAUUCUGUGGGAUCGGAAGCGUCCCAAUCAAGCACAGGUGUGUGUAGUGAUGGACAUGACUAGUGCUGCAGUGUCCAACAUUGACAUGGAGAUGAUGAAGUUCGCCGUCAACUCCGUCCAGAACAUGUAUCCCCUCAUAGCACAGUGCAUCAUCAAUUUCCAAAUGCCAUGGGUGUUCAAGGCCGCUUGGAAAAUUGUCAAAUCGUGGCUCAACCAGCGCUCUGUGGAAAAAGUGCUGUUUUGUGGAGCAGAAGACAUUGGAAACUACAUAGACUUGAAAUAUGUCCCAAUUCACAUGGGCGGGACUAGUGCGUAUGUUUAUGACAAUAAAGUGACAGGAAUUGGCAACCCAGAUGUGAUGGAGGAAAAAUAAAUUAAAAUUUUGUUUGUACAUUUUUUGUAACGAAUUGAUGAAUAUUAAUCUUUUUAAAUUGU